UUUCCACAGCUGGCGCAAUAAGCGUUUUUCCUUCCUAGUUUCGUCAAAGAAAACUCCAGCCCGAUUUGGUGUGGGUGGUCUGCUGCCGCGGCAACCUAACCGUUCGCCGUUUGUCGUUUGUCGCCUGUGGAGUGCGGUAUCUACGUGUGUGCGCUUCGCCGUUCCGGGGAGUUACGUGCCUUCUUGGACCGACGGAGUUUGGAGAAGUGCGUAGUUGGCGUCGUCGGAGGCGCGCGCGUUCGAACGGAGGGGAUGUUCCGGGCGGGCAGGAAACAGUUGGGCAAACGGCAAACGGCGAACGGUAACAUCAAUGGGGCUUCGAAGAAACUUCGAACCGAUCAGCGAGUACCAAACUUUGAGGAUACGGCAGCUGGAAAAGAAGCUGACCAAGGCGUACCCGACCAGAAAGGGAUGCCGGAGGACGGCACGGCCGGCGGUUAUUCCGUGCUAACACACGAACGUCGCGUCGUACGUGGCCAGACCGGGAAGAAGUUUCUUGAUUGCGAGAUUCCUCGCUUCGGAACGCUGGUCGAACGAACACGCUGCCGGUCGGCUGGGGACUACAUUAUUGGCCACGAGCUGGGCACGAGUCCCGGCGUUCCGCAGGUCCAGUACCUGGCGCGAAAGGCAGGAACCGACGAGUACUAUCUGCUGAAGAUUCUUAGCUUCGAUCCGGGAACGGAAGUGGUCCACAAGGAGGUGAUUCAGGCGAAGAUACUGCAUCACAAUGAGUACACGCUACUGUCGAUGUUGGCCGAUCUCGAUGGCGUGAUCAACGAGCACGGAUUCUUCAGCGAUUAUGCGUUCGAGGAGCGAGAACAGGAACAACCGGACGGAUCGUGGGUGAAGAUCUACACGGGGCGGGUUCGCCGCCGGCUCACGCUGGUCCUGGACUGUGUGCACGCGCACGAGUUUUGCGAACGUUCGGGCGACUUCGUCACGCUGCAAAACUACAUUCCGACCGUCCGGGGCCACGAGUUCGAAGCUCUGCAAAUCUUCUACGAAGUGGUGCGGGUUGUGGAACAGAUUCACGAUCGCAACGUCGUGCACCGCGAUCUGAAGCUGAACAAUAUCAUACUGAACCGGCGCACGAAGCGGGUGGUGCUGACAAACUUUUUCCUCGGCAAACACCUCAUUAACGGCAACGAGUUGCUGUACGAUCAGCGCGGCAGUCCGGCCUACAUCUCGCCGGACGUGCUCGCUGGAAAGCCGUACCGAGGGAAACCAUCCGACAUCUGGGCCCUCGGUGUCAUUCUUUACACGCUCAUCUACGGAAGGUAUCCGUUUUUGGACAACGCGCCGGCGGGCCUGUUUCGGAAAAUCCGCGAAGUAGAUUUCACAAUUCCGAGUGUUCCCAAGAUGUCGGAAAGUACCAACAUACUGAUCAAGGCGAUGUUAGUGCGCAAUCCGAACGAUCGCUUCACUGCUACCGAGGUUCGCGUGCAGCUCGAGCAGAUACUUCGCUCGAUGGCACCGGCCCGUUCCAAGAGCGAUCAGUUAGUGCCGGAGUUUGUGGAGCGCUCGGUCGGCCGUGCUGCCGGUGAUCAGGCACCUCCGGAAACUCCCCUAACCGGCACACCGUCGAUUCCCGAGUUCAAACGCCUAGGGUCACCACCAAAACAUGAACUCUCGACCGAACCAUUUUCACGCAUUCUCGAGCUGUCCGCAAGAGACACUGUGCCCGUCGGUGGCAACACUGUUGCCCCUGCUGCUGCUGACCAAAGACGCGAAGGCGAAUCCUACGUGGAUCCGAAACCGAUGGCGAUCCAGAGGUUGAACGCGACGCUGCGUCUAAUACCGCCCAGCGGUCAGUCCCCGUUUGCGCCGAUUGUGUGGCCCCGAUCAUCGAGUGCUUUUGAGUUGAUGCAACUGGCCAGUUGUGGUUCGCAGCCGUCCGCUGCCGGUGCUGCUGGUGGACGUGGGCAGCGGAAUCGAUUGAAUUUCAAUCACGUUCCGGUGCGCUUCCGCCCUUACAAUAUUCCUGCAGCGGGCACCGCUGGAUCUUCGCUUACCAUCAUGCACGGGGGUCCAGGACGCCGUACGGCGGGCAGCGUUGAGUCGAGCAGCAGCAGCAGCGAGAGAAGCCACUUUUAUCAAACGAUGCGCCUGCUCGGCCAGUUGCCAAGCAACGGCCCGCCGGCUAAUGUGGCGCUUCCGUCGGUAAGCAACGACAAUGAAUCGCCAACAGCGCCACAGUCCACGGCCAGAACGCAGCCCGUAUCACUGACCGCACUGGUGGCUGCAAUACCGAGCAUAUACGCCAUCCUAUCGGAGCGUGCCCGCAAAGGGCGCGGGGCUACAGCGGCCGGCACCGUGCAAGCUGCCGCCGAUGACGCAACGCUCGACUUCACUGGAAUCGUUACACCCGAGAUGGCCGACAAAAUUGUCUCCUUUCUGAUCAUCAAUGUGCGCCACCACGAAGUGGUCACGGCCGUUUUCGGGAAUGGCAAUGGUAGCAAUGGUCGCGAUGUGGAAAAUCGCGUCAACAGUCUGCUCGAGCUGCUCCGCCAGCUGGGCGUUCGGAUGGAGGCAGACGGAAGCGGACGGAUCGUGAUCCGGCCGGAACAAACGCGCGAACGGCUGAUUCUACUCGUCUGUUUGCUGCGCAUCGCGGGCUACAAUGAUGGCUACUUUAAGCCAACCUGAAUCGGGGCGGCCAGGGGAUGAGCUAGGGAACGAAUAGAGAAUGCAUCCCUAUUCCCUGUUGCAUUGAAUUGCGGUGAAUUUGAGGGGUUUUAUUACUACUUCCGUACUAGUGAUAGAGUCUUAGGACCGUGUUAGGACUACAUACGGACAAACAUUUACACAAAAAGGGUUUACUAAUCUUAGAGGGAUCAUUAUUCAGCACUUACAAAUAUUGUAGUGAGACCACUUGCUUUAUUUUUUAACCAACCAACCAACCAACGGGAGCACGGUAGGAGUAAAGGAGAACUCACAAAAUGCUAUUCUUUAUAUAAAUAAAGUAAAAAUA